AUGGCGGAGGAGGGCUCCUCCUGCCCCUGGCUACGCCUGCCCUGGGCAUCGGCGCUGCGCCCGCUUCUGCCACUGGCCCUCAUCGUGGCGGCGGUCUACGGCUUCCUCUACAGCCCGUGGCUGGCCAAGCAGCAGCAGCCACAGCAGCAGCUCGAGGCACCUGCGUGGGACAUUGCUGAGCUGCAGCUGAACCGCACAGGUGCUCGCCAGGACCCCAGGCUGCGCUGGCAGGCUGGCCCGGCACUCGGCCGCUCCUUCCUGUUUGGACCGGAGCUGGAUGAUGGGCAACUGCGUAUCCAACGUGAUGGCAUCUACCGGCUGCACAUCCAGGUCACGCUAGCUAACUGCUCCUGGAUAGGACCCACCCGGCCCCGCGGUGCCACUCUAGCCUUGAGCAUUUGCAAACCGGUCACCCACAGCAUCAGCCUCUUGCGCCUCCACUUCUCCCAGAGUUGCAGCGUCGUCUCCCAGCGCCUGACACCCCUGGCCCGUGGGGACCUGCUGUGCACCAACCUCACACUGCCCCUGGUACCCUCCCAAAACCCCGAUGAAACCUUCUUUGGUGUCCAGUGGGUGCACCCCUGA